AUGGUGUUCGCUGGGAGAAAAGAAUACAUCUCCAUCUUGGACUGUUACCUUCAACGGAAUCUUGUCCGCAACGGUGGUUGGUUGGACGAGGUUAUCUUUAUCAUGCGUGCUACCCGGACUGUCGAUAUCGUCUACCUGCAUGAUCUGACGGACAGCGUCCCCGAGUAUGAUCUACACGAAAUAUAUACCAAAGCACAAGACGACGACAAACCAUUCGAUGAAGGAUACAAACUCUGCGAGCCAGACGUUCUCUACGUCAAAAUCGACGACGACAUACUUUUCUUGGAAGACCACGCUAUUCAAUCCAUUGUUCGGCGCAAGAUCAACGAUCCAGAUUAUUUGAUGGUCAGCGCCAAUGUGCUCAAUCAGCCAGCAUCUUCAUGGGUCACUCAGCAUCACCUCAACGCUUCAAGGCCGUAUUUACCAGAAACUGCGAAACCUGAUGGUUUUGUAGACGAUGAUCGACGACAUAUGGUUGAUUGGCGACCAUCGACAUUACCGUCCUGGGAGAGCAAUAGCGCCUACAAUUUUAGUGUCGAAAGCCCACCACCCUUCAAAGGUCACAGGUGGCUACCGCUUGGCCACAGCGGAACUCGCUACACUCCAGCCGAUGAGAUGUUGAGACAUGACAACGCGUCUAACACGACCAAUGAAUCUUCAGAGUACUUGCCAUGGACGGUAGCGGCACAGCGGAUCACUUUCCAAGAGCAUUAUUCAUUCCUGGACCACCUUGAGCGCGGCCAACUCCAGCAGUACAAAUUUGACACGUGGACAUAUAACCGUGACAGUCGAAACAUCAAUUUUAUGGUCUUUUCAGGCAACGACGUGAUCAAAUAUCCCGUGAAAGGCGACGACGGCUCCUGGUUUACGCAAACCCUGCCUUCUCGAUACAAUCGAACUGCUAUCGUGGACGGGUCUGCCAUGGCCGUCCAUUUUGGCACUCGCUCUCAGACUUCAUCAAGCCCCGGCGUCCCAGGCCGGGGACUACGAGAUACUGAUUUGCUCCGCCGUUACAGAAGCUAUGCCACGGAGUUCAUCUGUGGGAAACCUUGGGGCUCGCCAAUGGGGUGA